AUGUUAUUAAAAUGGGGAUUUUUGAUUCUGUUCAUUUUUUUGAAACAUGAAGUGAAUGGACAAUUAUGUGACAAAACGAUAGAAAUUGAUAUAAAGAAAGAUUAUGAAGACAGUAACAAUUUAACGUGGAGCACUACACAAUAUCCAUGGAGUUGUAGAAAUGGAAAUUUAACAGGAAAUAGAAAUGGGAUUUUGUAUUCAUUUACAACAGAUAAUAUUCCAACAUUACUCAAAAUAUCAACUUGUUAUCCACACACCAACUUUCCUGCAAUUGUAAGAAUAUUUAGCUCAUGCAAUAAAAUAUUGAGUGAUUGUGGACAAUCUCAAAAUGAUGAUCCAGAAGGGGUGUGUGGAGGAAUAUUAUCUCGAAUUACCUUCCAACCUGAAACAAAUAAAAAAUACUAUAUUUUAAUAACAAGUACAUCUAAUGUUACUGGUUUAUAUACUUUAACUGUAAGCCCUUAUAGUCCUAAUUUAAUUAAACAAAAUAAUUGUUUUUAUCAAUUAGCAUUAAAUUUAAAUAUUCCUUCUGUUGUUGAUGAUAGAAUAACAGAAGAUUGUACUAUUUCAGAUAUACCAAAUACUGAUUUAAGUAUUUCAGGAAGAUGGUAUUCAUUUACUCCUAAAACAACAUCUAUAAGAAUUGAUACUUGUAAUAAAUAUACAUCAUUUCCAACUACAAUUUAUCUUUUUAAAUAUGAUCAAAAAUUAAUUAGAUUAGAAUAUAUUGGAUCAAAUUCUAAUGGAUGUGGAACAUUAGCAAGUUAUGAUGCACAAAAUUUAAUACCAAAUGAAUUAUAUUACAUUGCAGUAAGUCCAACAGGUGGUAUAUUAAAACAACAACGCUCAUUUCAGUUACACAUUUAUGACCAAUCUCAAUAUGGAGAUUGUUCUACAGCAUUUGGAAUAACUCAAUUUCCAUUUUAUAUGAAUUUUAAUAUAUCAACUAAUCCAGAAGUGAAUUAUACAAGAAAUAAUGGAAAAAAUGUAACUGGUAAAGUAAUUUUCUUUAGUCUUGCAGGGGAUACAAAUAAAUAUGUUUUUACUACGUUUUAUACUAAAUAUUUUUCUGAAGUUACUGAAACAAUUAUUGGAUAUAACAAUUAUUGUGGUAACUUUAAAGAAGGUACUUUUCAAGGUAAACAUGAAUAUACUAUUGUUCAAUCUGAAUAUAAUACUAAUACCAUGAUACAAGUAAUUUGUAUUAAAGAACCUUGUGAAAUUAGUGUUUCUGUAUUAUCAGUUACUGGAGUAACUAAUGGACAAUGUGAAAACGCUCAUAUUAUUUCAUUAAAUGAAAAUGAAACUUAUUCUCAAUUUGUUGGUUCAUCAUUAUUACCAAGUUCAAUGAUUGGAUGUUCUCAAGACAUAGAAGAAAUGCAAGGAAGUUGGUAUCAUUUUAUUCAAAAUUCAGAGGAUACUAUUAUUAUUGGAAUAACUCCAUAUCUAGCUGAAGAGUUCAUGUGUUAUUUAGAAGUUCAUGAUAAAUGUGAUUCUACUAUAUGUUUAGAAACAAGUUAUUCAACAAUAGAACUUAAAUAUAAAGAAUUUUAUGUAUUUGCAACUUCAUAUACAAUUUAUAUACCAGCUCAAUAUGGUUAUUUCUUGUUUUGGGCAUUAAAAAGUAAAGAGAAUAUUGGAAAAUAUCCAUCCAAUCCAAUUAUCAUAGAAUCAAUUCCAUUUACUAAAAUGGUAGCUUUACCCUUUGAAAUAGAAAAUUAUUGCAGUGCAGAAGAAGACACAAAAACAUAUCACUAUGGAGUUUGGUUAAAAUAUUCACACGACCCAUCAUUUAAAUAUACAGCAAGUACAUGUGGAACUGAAUCAAAUUUAUUAACUAACAUUUCAUUACUAAGUGAUCUUAGUGGUCCUGAAUCACUUGAGUGUAUUCAAGGAAUAUCUUCUUCAUGUGGAUUUGGACAUUCAGUUGAUAUUUCAAUAGAUAAAAAUGUUAAUAGUUAUAUUGGUAUUAUUUCAUCAAAUUCAGGAGUAGCUAGAUUUUCAUUGUACUAUGACCAAAAAGCUACUGAUAGUAGUUGUAAAUUUGCUACUAUAAUAAGUGAAAGUAGAAAUAUUAGAGGGUUUACAUCACGUGGUACCACUUCAGAAUCAAAAUGUAGAGAAAUUAUUUCGUUAAAAGGGAUUUGGUAUUUACUCGACCUUUCAAGACCUGCUAAUGUUACUAUCCAAAUAAAUGCUUCUAGUUCUUUUAAAACUGCUGUAGAAAUAUAUGAAAGUUGUGAAGUUAUUUAUAAUGAGUCUGUACCAAAAGUGUGUGUAGACCAAGCAAAUUGUAUUACUUCACCUAUUGGAAAUAAUGGGUGUUUAUUAAAUAUUCGUUUAAAUAAAGGUAAAAAAUAUGUCUUUGUAGGAGGAAUGAAUGCAAAUGAUUAUGGAAUAUUUGAAGGUUAUGUUGAUAUUCGAUAUGAUUCAAGUGAUGAAUUAGAACCUAUUUCACAUGUUAUUUUUUGGAGUAUUUUUGAAGGUAUUGUAUUUUUACUUUGGAUUAUUUCUCUUCUUCUCUUGGUCAUUACAAAGAAAGUUAGAAAGGGUGUUACUUCAAAAAAAGGAGAGAAUGAAUAUUUAAAACAAAAUUUGAUAAAACCAAAUCAUGAAGUUAAUAUAAAAGCAAUUAUUGAUAAUUAG